AAUGGCUAUGCGACUAAGAGCAGAACACAUGAAGGGUACGGCACUAGGUGCUCAAAAAGACAUGGAAGACAGACGCUGCCAGGAAGAGAGCUUAUCGCCAUAUUUUGCAUCGUUGUGAACACCCUAUCAAUUCUACCUGCAUUUCACACGCUAUCGUGCGAGGCCAUUUGGGUCAACCGAACAUUAAUUGCACACAUGCUUGCGCACAUACGUUAUUCCGGCUGCGUAUUAGCCCUCUUAUAAAAGAAUAGAACAUAACACGGACGUAAACUCGUUUUGCGAUGGCGACAAAAGUAAAGAGCAAGAUACAACGUCUGCUUAAGCAACUGGACCAGGACGACGAUGGUGGCGCUGGCAUCGACACAAUCCUCCAGCCAACUACAAGCGAGGAUGUCGCAGACGACCUUAGCGUCUUGGCAGCAACCCGGCGCGCUGCUGCAGCGAUUUCCAGCACACCUGGCAGCUCGAGCACCAUGGGGGCUUCGGAAAGCGCAGGCGCCUAUACGGGCUUUACCAACAGCGAGUCGCUACUCCCCCACGAAGACGACAGCGAAUCAAUAGGGCCUUCCUGCUCGUCCCUAGACACAACUCCAUGCCAUCAAGCAUCACGACCACCGCCUGGGAAGCAUCACUUCUCUACAGCAGCCAACGCGGAGAGGGUCGCAGUCUUGGAACGGAAGGUCAUGGCGCUCAUGGCAGAAAACCGAAACUUGCAGGCGGCCUUCUCCGAAGCCAUGUCGCGCAAGAAUGCCGAGGUCGCGGAGCUCCAGUCCCACCUCGCCGGCACGGUCCGCGAGCUGUCCGCCCGUCAGCAGGAGCUGGAGGCCGCUGCCCCGCUGCUGGCGCUGCGGCUGGAGGGCUGGCGCGGGCAGCUGGCGGAGCUGCGGCUGAGUGACGCGGCGGCGGCGGAGCUGCGGGGGCUGCCCAGGGAGGCCAGGACGCCGCUGGACGAGGUCCGUCUGGCCGUCCAUGACGCCCUGCUGGACUCCCGCGCCGAGACCGAGCGCCUGCGCACCGCCCUGGCUGCUGCCCGGGAGGCGGCGGCGCGGGCGGAGGAGGCGGCGGCGCGGUCACGGCACGAGGCGGCUCGCGGCGCUGCGACGCUGUCGGAGCGGGAGAAGGACCUGGCGCUGGUGACGGAGGGCAUGCAGGCCCGCAUCGACCGGCUUGCCUCCGAGCUGGAGGGCGCGCUGGUGGCUGCCCAGCUGGGCGCCGCCAAGGGGGCCAUGUACGACGAGCUGCGGAGCAAGCUGGAUGCGGCGGUGGCGGAGAACCAGCGGCUGGCGGUGGUGGAGGCGACGUACAAGAAGCUGGAGGCCCAGGCGGCCCAGGACCGCGCCUCCGCCUCCCAGAAGGAGCACACCUUCGAGAUGCUCAUGAUGGACAAGGCCUACCUCAGCAAGCAGGUUGACUUCCUGACCGACCAGCAGCGCAAGACGGAGGCGGAGCUGGAGCUGCGGGAGAAGAAGAUCAACGAACUGUCCAGACACAAGACGGAACUGUUUGAGAAGUUGAUGGCGGCGGAGGCGCUCAAGGGUCGCCAUGAGGAGGCUCGGCUGCAGAAGGAGCUAGCGGCGCUGCAGGAGCGCACCCAUGCGGACCUGGAGAAGAUUCGCGUGGAGACGGCAGACGCCUACGAGCGGGAGGCCCGGCUGCUGCGGGAGCUGCGAGACGGUGCCGCCCAAGACGCCUCCCGCGCCAAGGCGGCGCUGGCGGAGCUGCAGGCGCUGCACGAGAAGACCUGCCUGGCGCAUGCGGAGGUGACACGACGGCUGGAGCAACAGGUGGUGUCGCUGCAGACGGAGCUGAAGCAGCGCUCCUUCGAGCUCAGCCACUUCAAGGUGGUGGUGGCGGAGAAGGAGCAGCUGGUGGGGCGGACCAACAUGCAGAACGAGUUGCUCCAGGAUAAGCUGGCAGUGCUGAUGGACAAGUACCGGGCGCUGGAGGUGGAGCACAACAGCCACGUCAACCGCGCCCUCGCAGCGGCAGCGGCGGCGGUGGCGGCGUCAGGCGGACAGACCCGUGGGUCGGCGGCGGCGGCGCAGGAGGGCGGCGGGGCUGCUGCUGCGGCGGCGGCAGGGGGAGAGGGCGGCAGCGGCGCUGCCACCACCAAGCUGCAUGUGGAGUUGGCGCUCUUGAAGCAGGAGCGCGACUCCCUGGCUCGUGAGGUGGAGCUGCUGCAGGGGCGGCUGGCGGCGGCGCAGGACAGCCUGAGACUGGCAGCACAGCCGCAUGCAUUCCUGAUAGAGGAGCUGGAGGCGAUCAAGCAGCGCGCGACGCAAGCGGAGACCAAGGCGGCGGCACUGCAGGUGGCGCUGACGGCUCGCAACCAGGAGCACGACGCCCUCAAGGCUGAGCGGGAUGCGCUGCGCGGGGAUUUGGACGGGCUGCUGGCCCAGCGUGCGGCGCUGGAGGGCAUGCGGGCGGUGGUGGUGCGGGCGCUGGCGGGGGGGCUGCCGCAGGUGCAGCAGGCCGCCGCCCUGGCCGCCUCCUCCCGCAGGCCUCCUCCGCCCCUCAGCACCACCACCAUCCUCGGGGAGGGCUGCGAGGCAGCGGCGGCGGCCGCACCGCCGCUGCAGCUGCAGCAGGCGCCAGCGCAGCAGUAGGUAUGUCAAGAGCGGCAGCGGCCGUGGCGGUUAUACAACAGCAACAGCAACGACUUGGCAGUAGUGGCUGCUUGUCCUGGAAAAGAAGCAAGCGCAUGCUCUGUUGAGAAGGACUGCGGCUUGGGGGAUUUCUAAGGAAGAAUUGAUUGGGCGAUUCCUGGUAUAUAUGCGACAUGUCUUUUGUGGUCUAUGUAUGAUUGCCGGUACGGGCCCGCGUAAAUGACCCAUGGGCCGAAAGAGCGCACACGCCUUUCUUGCCACUAGUACUGCCUGACUGCGGCACUUGUAUACGGAGGAGUGGAAGUUAAAAGAGGUACGGCAGGAUGGUGGUACGUGAUUCUGUUUUGUAAGCCGCCAAGCUAGAUAGAUGGAAGGAAGGAACACGUUUAUACGGGGCGAUCACGUAAAUACGCUAUACAGCGUCGUCAGGACAUAGACUGCAAGUCGUCAUUCGUUUGUCACCUAUCUUCCAGCAAGGAUCAACGAGCGUGUUUACUGUGUGUUAAGGAAACUGGCCGUGUGUAUGGGCUUCACGCGUGAACAACAGCAAUGUGCCGGCGCAACCAAGACCGCACUGAUGCAGCUUGUGGAGGGAGGGUUGCAUCCCAACUGAACUGUAUACGGCAAACAACCCAGCUCUGCCGGCAUGUACGAAUGUAACAAAGGGAAUGCUGGGGGUUUGUCGCGGUAGAGCGACCCCCCGGCGUCGUCCUCCAC